AUGCGUUCGGGGAAUGCCGGUAGUGUGAAGUCUGCUGGUGAAGCAGGGGUUGAUUUGGAGCACAAAACGGCAGGUAGAGCAGGCGGUAGCCUUGGGGAUGGUGCUGGUGGUGGUGGUGGUGGUAGUGGAGUUGAAGGUGCAGGAGGAGAUGAUGAGAACGAGCAGCAGGAGAAGCGGAGCAGACCAGCAGGUGCGGGGAAGGAGAAAAUGGCAGGAGCAGGGACGGUGAGCGGGGAGGAUAGGGAAGGGGAAGGAGCAGCGAAGGAGGCAGUCAGAGGGGCAGGAGUGCAAGGUGCUACAGGUGGGGGGCCUACUAACGGUGCCGGCAAUGCUGGCAAUGCUGGCAGCAGUGGUGGUGGCGACAAGAGUGGCAAUGGCAGCAGCACUGCAGCAGGCGAUCCAGUGUCUGUUGAGCCUGCUGCUAAGAGGCUCAAAGGCGCCCAUGAUGCAUCCACGCCUCCUCCCUCUCACACUCCACCCUCUUCCGCGUCUGCUGCUGCUGCAGCAGCUUCUGCUCCUCCUGUCACCCGUGGCGGUGCUUCAGGUGAUGCUUCAGGUGCUGCUGGUUCAGGUGUGGUUUCAGGUGGAAAGCCACGUGCGCCCAUGUCCAUGACUGCUGUUCUGGCUGCAGCCAAGUCUCAGGCCGGGGUUGCAGCUGGAACGGCAACCAGGACAGGAGGUCAGCAUACUACUGCAACAGCAGCUUUUGCGGGAAAAGAAGAAGCGCCUAAGGAGAAGGUAGGAGAAGGUGGUGUUAGAAUGAGAGAAAAGCUGGGGGAGAGACGAGAGGUGGGAGGCGCAGGGGGCAAGGGCGUCCGAGACAGGGAGAAGGAGAAGCGUGCUGCGGAGAAGGCAGGGGGAGGAAGAGCAGGCGGCACCGGUCACAACAGUAACAGCAGUAGCAGCGGCGGCAACAUCAGUGGCCGGCUUGCUUUGUCAUCUGCUGCUCUGCACUCUCCACAGCUGCUCCCGCUCCUCCCGCUGCUCCCGGGCGGGUCUGCAUCGCAAGCAGCGCCACCAACCAAGGAGGAGCUCUCUGCUGUGGUCUCCUCCCUGCCUGCCAGCCACGCUGCCGCCGCUGCUGCUGUCGCUGCCGCCGCUGCCGCUGCUGCUGGAAGUACCAGUGGUAGGGGUGCUGGCAGUGCAGCUUUAGCAGCAGCAGGAGGAAUAGGAGGAGGAGGAGGAGCAGGAGGAGGAGGAGGAGGAACAGGAGGAAUAGGAAAAGCAGGAGCACGGGGAGUGGAAGCUGGCUCUACUGGAUCUGCUGUAACACCCCUCUCCUCCCCCACGCCACCCCGUCUCCCCACUCUAGCACCUCAUCCCAAUGUGGGAGGUGUGACGGUGGCUGCAAUGGAUAAGCAGCAGCAGCAGCAAGCCACGUCUCCAGGAGCUGGUGCUGCCGCAGGCGCAGUAGGACGAGGCGGGGGGGUAGCAGGAGCAGCAGGUAGUGGGGUGCAGCCCGCCGCUGCAGCGGCAGCGGCAGCAGCAGCAGCAGGAGCAGGAGCAGGAGGGCCGGGAGGACCUGGAGGGUCAGUGCUGCUGCCUCCUGGGUUUCACCAUCACAUGAUGCACCUGCCGCACCCAGCGACUCCCCCGCACAGUUACUUCUUCCGACCACCCAAUUCCGCUGACCCAGGUGCUGCAGCCGCUGCUGCUUCCGCUGCUGCUGCUGCUGCUGCUUCUCUCUUUGCCUAUGGCCUCGCCCCCGCGCCCUUCCUCCACAUGCCACCUGCCGCUGCUGCUGCUGCUGUCGCUGCUGCUGCUGCUUCUGCCGCUGCUGCUGCUUCUGCCGCUGCUGCUGCCUCUGGGGGUGGUGGGGGUGCUGGUGGUGGUGCUGGUGGCCUGGUUGAUUUGAAUGGUGAGGCGAAGGCGGAGAGUGAGGAGAGUGGGGAGGCUGUGGGUGGAGAGAAGGGGACUGGUGGUGCUGAGAAGGUGGGUGUGGAGAGGGAGCGAGAGAGAGUGAGGGGGAAUACAACAGGGGGGCAGCAAAGAACAGCAAACCCAUCUGCUGCAACUGCUGCUGUAGCUCCUGGUGGUGCAUCCGCUCCUCUUGCUCUCACUCCCGAAUCACUAGCCUCUGCAGCAGCAGCGGCGGCAGGUUUUCUCCUGCCAUCUCUCUCCACUGCAGGCACUCUUGCUUCUGGCAGCGCUGGUGCGUACCCAUUCAUGCCGUCGUCUGUCCUGGCGGGUGUGCCGCAGCACCCGUCAUACCUGCCGUUCCUCCCCGGUGCCCUGCCGCUGCAAGCCUGCUCGCUGCCUGUGGAUGCGACUGGUCUCACCAAGCGAGGUGCAGAGGCGGUGGGCCAGGAGCUUGCAGGUCUGGUGCUGGGAGUGGGGACUUUUAACCUCAGAGCUGCUGCUGCUGGUGGUGGUGGCGCUGUGUUCCGGUACUGCCUGGAGGGGCCGUGGGCGCGCGCAGAGUUCCUUAAGGCUGUGGUGGGACGCGUGGGGCGAGAGGAAAUGGCUCGCAUGGGCAGUAGGGUCGCUGAGAUCACUGGGUGCAGACACCAGGGCGACCAAGUGGGCAUGGCAUGGGCGCUGCUGGGGGAGGAGGCGCGCAUAUGGCAGGCCAUGGCUGGCGGGGCGGGCACGGGCACGGGUGCAUGGGGCAGGGCGUGCCAGCACCUGGAGGCAGCGCUGCUGCAGUCCCUGGGCAGCCUCGCCAGACGAUUCACUCUCAAGGACAAGGAAUACCUGCAGCGAGUGGCAGGGUGCGGGGACACAGUGACGCGGGAGCAGUGGGAGCGUGUGUGGCGGUGGUUCUACCCCCUCGUGCUCGCUCUCUCGCGCCCACACCUGCGCCCCGCGUGGCUGUCGCUGUCACCCCUGUGGAUAAUGGGCUCCGUCACCAGGGACGAGGCAGAGACCCUGCUGCUGGAGAAAGCAGUAAGGGGGUCUUGUGUCCCUCCCCUGUCGUCCUUAUCCCGUCCCUCCUUUCCCUCCCUCCCUUCCCUCUUUUCCUACUCCAACCCUCUCCCUCGCCUCCCUUUUCCCCUAUUCUCCCAACUCACCCUUUUCCCUCUCGCUUCACCCUCCCUUCCCCUCACCCUCCCUCCCCACUCCUCUCCCCCUGUCCCGCCCACCCUGCAUGCCGCUCUCCCCAGCAGGCGGAGGGCCCAUCGCCCCCCUCCUCCGCCUGGUACCUCGUGCGCUUCCCCUCACCCUCCCUCUCCCACCUCCCUCCCCCACUCCCCCCUACCCGCCCAUCCUGUAUGCCUCUGCCCCGAGCAGGCGGAGGGCCCAUCGCCCCCCUCCGCCUGGUACCUCGUGCGCUUCCCCUCGCCCGCCACUGCAUGGCCGCAUCCCGAUGCGGGCUCGCUUGUUGUCAGCUUCACUACCACCCAGGGGGCCGUGCAAGCAGGGGGGGCAGCGGCAGCAGGGGGAGCAGGGAGCGGGGGGGCAGGACCAGGGAGAGCAGCGGAGGCAGGGGUGCGUGUGCAGCACAGGCUGCUGUGCCUGCAUGCUGAUGCUGAUUCGACCGGCCUAUCACCUGAUGCCACGUGUCCUCCAGACAGGCCCCUUCCAGACCUCCUCCAAUCAGAGCCCCAGCUAGGCCAGCUGCUACCUCCCCCACAUGCACCCUCCCCCUGGGCUCUCAGUGAGUGGGAGUCUGCUGCUGUUCUCCCUCCCCCUCCCCACCUCAUCCUCCCCCUCCCCGCUCCCCCCUCCUUAUCUGAGGGGGAGGAUGUUGGCACUGCUGGGGGAGUGCGGGAGAACGUUGGGGGACAGCUUGGGGGAGGGAUGGGGGUUGGGGUGAAGAGAGGACGGGAGGAGCGAAAGGGUGCAGGGGAAGGGGAGGGGGAAGGGGAUGGAGACGGAGGGGGGGUUGCGGAGAAGAGAAGGAAAACGAGUGGGGGAGGGGGGAGAGGGAGAGGCAGGCGGAGACGAGGAGGGGAGGAGGAUGGGGCGGGUGGUGUGAAUGGGUAUGGGAGGGGAGAGAGCAGAAGAGGACAUGAGAAGGAGAAUGAGAUGGGUGGAGAGAGUGGAGGAGGAUAUGGACAGGGGAGGAUGGAGGUGGAUGAAGGGGAGGUGGGAAAUGGGACGUUGGGGGGAGAGAGGGAGAGUUAUCCUGUCCCUCCACUUGCAUCAUACCAGUCUGCAGCAACGCAGUCUGCAGGAGCAGCAAUGUUACCACCACCACCACCAGCAGCGGCGGCGGCGGCGGCGGCAGCAAGCAGGCUCCACCCGCCUGCCAUGCCCAACUUCCGAGUCCCUCCCUCGCUCGCGGCCACUCCGCCCCCGCCCAUUCCUCACUUGCCAACCGCUAAUACCUCCUCCGCUGCCUCUGCUGGCACCCCUGCCCCUCCUGCUGGCCACGUGCCCGUGCGUGCCCCUGCUCCCACUCCCCACUCUGCUUCUCCCUCGGCCACCUCCCUGGCAGCUUCAAAUGCCAACUCUGCUGCGGUAGCCCCUUCACACACGUCCCCCGCCCCACCCACGGCCACCCGCAUUCCUGCUUCGGCAGCAGCAACAGCAGCAGCAGCUCUCUCUUCUGCCCGCCCUGUCUCAACUUCUCUUCCUCCUCCCCAUCUCUCUUCCUCUCACCCUGCUCCCUCACACGCUCUCCCGCCCUCAGCCCACCCUCAUGCCUCCUCCACACGCCCACCCAAUAGCAUCCCGCUCCCACCACUCCACUCCUCGCUCUCCUCCCUCACAUCCCACCCCCUCCCCUCAUCAUCCUCUUCCACCUCAGCCCAGCAGCACGACCCGACUGCAGCAGCGCCCUCCCUCUCCCCCACCCCUCCCCGCCCAAGCCUUCUGUUUGGGGCGGACAUAAGUGCUGCGCCGGCAGCAGCAGCGGCAGCGGCAGCAGCAGCAGCAGCAGCUGCUGCUCCAGGAGCAGGAGCAAGGGGGCUGGCAGGGAAGGGUGCAGCUGCAGCGGCCAAGGUAGCUGCUUCUGGUGCCGUGCCUGGGGUUAGGACGUCUCCCUCCCCCAUGCCUGCCGGGGCUGCUGGUAGAAUUUCCCCUUCUCCCACCGCCAGAGUGCCUGCUGCAGGAGGAGCAGUGCAAGAGGCCUUUACUGAGCAAGGAGCAACUGUGAGAAGACGAUCAGAUGAUGCAGCUGCUGCUGCUUCGGCUGCUGCUGCUGCUGCUGCUGCUGCUGGUGGCGGUGGUGGUGGUGGAGGGGGUCGAGAGUCUAGGGGAAGAGGAAGGAGAGGAGGAGGGGGCGGUCGGAAGGAAGGUGGUCGAGGUGGAGUAAUCGUUGGGCAGAAGCUGGCGGCCAUGGCUGAUAAUGAGCGUGUCGCCGAGGUAAGAUGUCUUGCGCACCUUUCCACCAGGCCGCAGCAGGCAGAGUCGGACGAGUUACUUCUCGAGCAGCUAUCGGCGCUGUCUGUCCACAUGCAGCAGCAGCUGCGACAGCGGGAGCAGCAACAGCAGCAGCAGCAACAGCAGCAGCAGCAACAGCAGCAGCAGCAGCAACAACAACAACAAGAACAACAGCGCAAGGAAACGUCACGACAGUCACACUCGCAGCUGCCGCAGUUUCCUCUCAGCACGCCGCCAGAAACACACUUCAAGAUCGAAUCCCAAACCCCCCUCUCGUCUCUGCUCCCUCCCACUUCCUCAAUUCCGCACCACGCGGACGAUACCUUCGCUUCACCUCCGCAUCUCCGUGCAUGCAUGAGCCAGCCCUCUCUCUUGCCCUCCGACGCCUCUUUCUCCCCUCAACUCUCCGCAUCGCCUCGCAACCGGCUCGCGCGCCUUCACCCGCACCCACCUCCGCCCCCCCACUUCCGCGCAGCCCCGUUUUCCCCAAUUGAGCACGAUGGGACUCCGCUCCUCAAUUGGAGCUCCGAGGGCCCAAUUCCGCAUAUCCCCUCCCCCGCGCCCCCGCCUGCACUGGGCGUUGGAGCGCCGAGUGCCUCUACCGCGCACGUCGCCUUUCCGCCCGUCCAGGGCUUCGUAUCUCCUUCGACUCUUCACGCACCUCGUCACUUGCAGUAUCUCAACCCUCUUCACCACCGCCACUCACGCGCGCCGCACGAUAAUCCUUCGAAUUGUAUUCAUCCGCACGAUCAUGAUGGAGAGGCGGAGCCGCGGCUUAUCAAGAUGGGCUCCGACCCCGGCAGCUGUAGCAGCGGCGGUUGCGGCGGGGGAUGCGGGAACGGCGGCGGCGGCGGCGUUUGCUGCUGCAGCACGAGCAGCGGCGGCGGCAGCGGGGCCAGCGGGGAGGCGCAGCUAUGGGCGGAACACUGGGGCGGGGAAGGAGGCGGGCCGCGGAAGGGGAUGCGCCGAGUGCAGUCGGAGGUGCCCUUUGCGCCAUCGGCGGAACAGCGCCAGGCGCCCAUAGGCGGGCACUUCUACGCGGAACGACCUGGCGGCACUGCGGGCGCCGGGGGGGAACUCGCGGGCGCUGGCGGGAUGGCGGGGCGAGGUGCGGGGAAAGAUGCGGGGAGGAGCGCGGGGACGUUCGGUCCGCAGCCCGUGGCGAGCUUCGGCGGAGCGGGGUUUCUCCAGACCGUCGAAUCGUCCUCUCUCUCGCUCUCCCUCACUCGUUCCUGCAGCAGCCUGGGCGUCGCAAGUGACGGCGCGGAGGGCGGCGGCAGCGGCAGCGGCAGCGGCAUUGAGAGGGGGGAGAGGGAUAGCGAGGCGGACAUGGAAGCGGAGUCGACGCGCCCCGCGGGAGGCAUCAGCAAGCGCACAGCAGCGCCGCUACAGUCGCGCGCGACGCUGGCGCUGGCUGUAGCCCUAGGGGGACUGGGGGACCUGGGGGGCGCGGGUGAGCUGGGGGGAUUAAGAGGGUUGGGGGAGUUGGGGGAGGCUGGAGGGCUUGAGUGCGGCGGGUGGGGUACCAACAGGGGGGAAGCGGCAGCAGGGGGAUUGAGGGCGGGUGGCGGUGGUGGUGCUGCAGCCGGGUUUAGGGGGAGUGGAGGAGGAGGAGCAGCAGCAGUUGCUGCUGCUGGGGGGAUAUGUGGUGGGACGAUGGGAGUGGGAGGUGGUGAGUGGGAGGUGAGGGAUAUGUGUAGAAUGGAGACUGUUCCAGAGUAA